CUGGCUGGAUAGCUUUUACGAGCUCCCAAUUGUCACGGACAAAAGUCAUUUGUUACACUCAGGUUAAACCUAACAAAGUGGUUGUUCGACUCUUCUAUCGCUGUUUAGUUAUCAAUCAAGUUUUAAAGACUGAUCAUUAUGGCUGUCUCAUAACAUUUGCAAUGAUGGCGUAUCAAAUGGAAACGAAGCUGUCAAAACUGUCGCGGAACUCCAACCCGUAUCACAUCAAACGACCGAUGAACGCCUUCAUGGUGUGGUCGAGGCUGCAGAGGAAGAAAAUCUCCAUGAUGAAUCCAAAGCUACACAAUUCAGAGAUAUCGAAAAGACUCGGCUUAGAGUGGAAGAGUUUGGAUGAAACGGAGAAGAGACCUUUCAUAGACGAAGCGAAACGUUUGAGAUUGAAACACAUGCAUGACUACCCAGAUUAUAAAUACCGUCCGCGUCGGAAGAACAGGCUUGACACUCCGGUGUAUGGAAAUCCAGGUUUAUACUCGACGAGAGAGACAUUCGUAGAAAUCGAGCCUAGAGAACCCAACUAUCAGAUACCAUCUAACUAUUCAGACCAGUAUGUAUACAACAAUGUUGUUUAUACUGUACCAAUCAGUCAAUCAUCGUUUAUGUCGCCGAUGAGGCCUAAAGAAGAGGCGUUGCCGAGUUUGGACUUAAGGCCUUUGCCGUCUAUAGAGAGCAUUUCCCCGAGGCCGUUCGCGGUGGUCAACCAACAGAUGAUGGUGAAGGCCUACCCCAACUUGCACUACGUUCCCGAAGAUGUGGCGCGGAUAUCGUACCAUUAUCCGUUUAGUGUUCAAUAGCUUAAACCCAUGAUACAUUGUAAACUGGUUAAAUGAGAUCUUGAGAAAUCUAGGUUUGUUUAAGGACUUAAUUUAGCUUGUUUUUUAAAUAACUUAAUGAUAGUUACCCCAUUUACAGAGAAUACUUACUAAGCGAAAGAAGGAAUGCCGAACACAAAAAAUACUUAAUUUUUUUAAAAACUGAAUUGAAUUUUUUAGAUAGGAAUUAAAGAGAUUUUUAUGCGUUUUCAACCGAAAGAGAAAGCUCGAUACCCUGGAACAAAAUAAUUACAAGUAUAUUUCAUGAAAAAAUCGGGCACGAAAUUGAGGGUUGAUAAGUUUGUUUUACUAUUAUAGAGUUCAGAUGACAUACAAUGUUAAUAUAUAGAUGUUACUUAGAACAUGUGAUUAAAUCUUAUAUUACCUACUUGAAAGAUUCACUAUCACUAGUAUCACAGUAUUUUCACUAAUUAUCAUUAAAUAGAGGUAAAGUUUGUGGUAUUGUAGGGGUAUAAUCUCUGGAUCUACUAAACCGAUUUCAUAAACGCUUAUAUCACUACAAAUUCAUUAUAUUUGUGAGUGUCAUAGGCUGUAUUUUGUCCAUAAUUGAGUUUAAAGAAUUUAAUUGAGUUUGGGCAGGCCACAUAGUUCGAAGAACCGAUGGGCGUUGGGAUCCCAAGGUGCUGGAAUGGCGACCCAGCACUGGAAAGCGCAGAUCGAUCCCCUACUAGGUGGACAGAGGACAUCACGCGGGUUGCAGGGAGCCGCUGGAUGCUGGCGGCUCGUGACCUUUUUGUUUGAAAGUUCAUGCAAGAGGCCUAUGUCCAGCAGUGGACGUCCAUUGACUGUUAUGACGAUGAUGAGUUUAAAGAUAAUAAUUCAGAACUUUCUUAAAUAGUUAAAUUUACUGGCUUAACUUUAACUAUGUUUUCUCACUUAACCAGUUUACACUAACGUUAUACGUAGAUGCCAAAAAUUAGACAUUUAUUUACAAGUAUGUACCUAAAUAAUAAAUCAGUUAUACGCAAGGUUUUUUUUCAAUAUGCGGUACAGCGGACGCGGACAGUUAUAUAUUUGUAUAAUGUAAUCUUUUGUCUGGAUAAUGACAGAAUCAUUAAAGGGAUUUAUUUCGGUAUUUGAGUGACUACCUUGACCGUCAAAUUGUUUCUAAACUCAACGAUUUAAAAUUAUUAGAUAUGUCACUAACGCGAUGAAAUUGACGCGAACAAAGGCUAAUUGUCUUAAUUUCAUUUAGUCGCAUAGUAAACAAAUUUUAACAAAUAAUACCUAAAUAUUGUCUACAAUGUCCAGUACGUAGCUCGAGUUCAGCAAGUGUAAAAAUUAUAUAUAAAUAAAUAUAUAAUGUAAGUAUACAAAAAAUUGUGCAUGUGUUUGCUCAGUGAAGUAGCUAAUUCGGAUCACUUUUUGCGGUGACUUUGUCGGCACGUGACAUAUUUCGUUAUCAACCCAUAUUCGGCUCACUGCUGAGCUCAAGUCUCCUCUUAGAAAGAGAGGGGUUAGGCCAAUAGUCCACCACGAUGGCCCAAUGCGGAUUGGCAGACUUCACACACGCAGAGAAUUAAGAUAAUUCUCUGGUAUGCAGGUUUCCUCACGAUGUUUUCCUUCACCGAUUGAGACACGUGAUAUUUAAUUUCUUAAAAUGCACAUAACUGAAAAGUUGGAGAUGCAUGCCCCGGACCGGAUUCGAACCCACACCCUCCGGAAUCGGAGGCAGAGGUCAUAUCCACCGGGCUAUCACGGCUACGUAACAUAUUUAUUAGUAUAAAAUCGUUGUCUAUGACUUAGAUUAGGACUUGUCAACUUAUUAACUGUAUCAGUCUAUUUAAAAUGUCUUCUUUCACGGGAUUACUCGGUCAAGGCAUUCUACGUCCAUCUAUACUGUAAACUGUGGUUGGACCCGAGUGUCAUAAGAAAUCGGGGAUUGCAGGUGAAGACGUUGUGAAACAAAUAGAGAUCCGAGAUAGCCCAGUGGACCUCUGCCUGUGAUUCCGGAGGGCGUAGAUUCGAAUCUCCACCUCCAACUUUUUAGUUGUGUGCAUUUUAUGAAAUUAAAUAUCACGAGUCUAAAACGGUGAUGAUAAAACAUUGUGAGGAAACCUGCACACCAGAGAAUUUUAUUAAUUCUAUUCUAUGUGUGUGAAGUCUGCCAAUCCACAUAGGGCCAGCGUGGUGGAUUAUUG